CAAUAUAAAUUAUUUACACGUUGGUCUAAAAGUUUUCCACUGAUUUAUAACAAAGAGAAUAAAUUUUACUUUGAAGAAGAUUCAAAUUAAAAUCCGUAAUCACUUGAACGUUGUUAACAUAACGUUUAAUUGGUAACCAAGGAAACCAAGGUAACCAAGUGUUUUGUUGUAUGUUGUCAAAGAUAAAGUUGACAUUUUCCAAUUUCUUUUUUCGGUCUUUUAUUACUUGGUAAAAAUGGAACAAUAUUUAUUGGAAGGCGAUGGUUAUUUUACCAUAAUUGAAAAAAGUUCAAUUGCUGUUGAUGAGAAUGAAAUAGUGGAGUUAAAGGUUGGAUCAACUAUCAAUUAUUUGUGGCCAGAGCGUGCACGACACAAAAAAAAGUAUUCUGGGAAAAUAGUUGGAAUCUCAACUAAUGAAGCAGAUUUGCUAAAAUUAAAAACUCAAAAAUUACAAGAAGCAACAAGAAGUUUAAAAAGAAAAAGAAACGAAAAAUCCACAACAAGCUGUAAAAAAAAUCAAGCACUGUCAGAUGACAAUCCUCAGAAGAAAAUAAAUCAGAAACUUCUGCGCAAAGAAGCAAACAUUUCUAGUGCAAAGGAGAUAUUGAAAACUUUGGAUAUGGAUACUUUGGAAUGCUCUACAUUAUCUUAUGCACUAAACAAUAUUAAUAUUGCUUUACGUUUAGCAAAAGAUAUAACACCUACCUUGGAAAAAGCUAAAAAGUCAUUAGAAGAUUUCCUGUCAGAUCAAAGUUCGGAGCUAAUUCAUCUUGAUACCGGUGAAACGUCGACUUUCGUCAUUCAUGGACAACCUUCUUCUUCGAAUCAAAUACAGUAUGAUCCUUCGACUGAAAAUCUGCCACGACCUGUCUUUGAAGGGCAGACAUCUUCUUCGAAUCGAAAACAAGAUGAUCCUUCGACUGAAAAAAUGCCACGACCUGUCAAUGAAGGGCAGUCAUCUUCUUCGAAUCAAAAACAAGAUGAUCCUACGACUGAAAAUCAGCUUCGUCCUUUUAUUGAGGGUCAACUUUCUUCUUUGACUGAAUAUCAUUCUACGAUUGAAGAACCACCUUCUAAUUCUUUAAGACCGACUUUGGACAACCAUUCUGAAGAUAACAUUUUAGAAACGGAAGAUGAUAUUGACCCGAACGCAGUUAAUAACACAGACUUAAAUAUUUUUUUAUUUACAAAGCAGACUGCAAAUGAUCAGGCUGUCGAAUUAUAUCCAGAGAGUGACCUUUACAUAGACAAAACUGCUUUCAAUGAUGCAAAGAAAAAAUCAACUUCCCAAGCAAUAUUAUGUAGAUUUCUUUUAAUUUCUACAAUUAAAGAAGAGGUUCUAUUAUCUAAAAGUUUGUCAAAAGAAGAAAAGGACCAGAAACAAGAUGCAGUUAAUAAAAUUUUAAAAUACUCUCGCUCGUUUGCCAAAAGAGUGAACUGGAAACCCGUAGAUGACCAGAUUAUUAAAUCAAGCAUUCGCAGUAAAAUUCGCGAGAUGAGAAACAAAAUGAAUUGA